AUGCGUCACGUUUCACACCCGGAGGUUCGCUACGGCAUCGCAGCAGGCAACGUGGGCGGCGCCUUCUCGGUGGACGCGGAGACGGGCGACGUGCGCGUCGCCAGGCCGCUCGACUUCGAAACCCGCAGCAGGUACGAGCUGGUGCUGGCGGCGGUGUCUGCGGAGGGCCGCGUGGUGGGGCAGGCGACGCUGCUGGUGCGGGUGCGCGACGCCAACGACCUGGCGCCAGCGUUCGAGCAGCCCGUGUACCGCGCCACCGUCCAGGAGGAGGACUCCACCCACCUGCCGCGCAGGAUUCUCACGGUAAAGGCGGUGGACGGAGACACGGAGAGGCCGCAGGAAGUGGUCUACUUCAUCACCGGGCCCGGAGUCAACCCCGACAACCCCUCGGCUGGCAACUUUCGCAUCGACCCGAACACAGGGGACAUAUUUCUUCUCAGGGCGCUGGACCGCGAUCCGCCGGAUGGGAGACCGCACUGGCGCUUCACGGCUUUCGCUCAGGACGAGGCGGGCCAGGGACUGGUGGGGUAUGCCGACGUCCACAUCGCCGUCACAGACGUCAACGACAACGCGCCCGUCUUCCCGCAAGCGCUCUACUGGGGCUCCGUGACUGAGAACAGCUCAUCCGGGGAGAUAGUAGCCAACUUGACAGCUACUGAUAAUGAUGAUCCAGAUGAAGAAACUAAUGCAAAGAUAACAUACACUAUUGAGAAGAACGUCAUUGAAGAAGACAGUGGAAAACCAAUAUUUGAGAUUGAUCCUGACACUGGUUUCAUCAGGACAGCCAUAUGCUGCCUUGUUCGUGAACGCACUGCUGAGUACUCGAUUCAGGUUGUAGCUGUGGAUGGUGGAGGACUGAAAGGCACAGGUACAGUUUCCAUCUUGGUCAAAGAUGUCAAUGACAUGCCACCAGAAUUUACAAAGGCAGAAUGGAUUACUGAAGUUGAUGAAACAGAAGGAUUAACUGUGCCAGAAGACACAAUUCUAACUGUUACUGUUCAUGAUCAGGAUGAAGUAAGCUCUUUGCAAUACAAGGUUGUUGAGAAUAGUGGCUAUGGCUCUGACAAAUUUGUACUGAUUCCAAAUUUUGAUGGAAGUGCAGCACUGAAAGCCAUUAAGCCAUUAGACUAUGAAGAAGGGAAAUAUAAUAAUUAUUUUAGGUUCAAAAUACAAGUUACUGACAAGGACACAAAUAAUGAUACUGAUGAGUAUCAUACCAGAUAUUCGUGGGUUGUGAUAAAAUUACGAGAUAUAAAUGACAAUCAACCAACAUUUGAGAACAGUAUACGUGAAGUUUCUGUUGAAGAGAACACAGAAGUUAAUACAUCUUUAGCUACAUUUAGGGCAACAGAUGCUGAUAAAGGAGGGAAAAAACCUGAAUUAAACUGCACUUUAAUUGUACAGGUACAAAUUUUGGCAGUUGAUGAUGGAUUUCCACCAAAAACGUCAACAGCAACCUUGAUUAUACUAGUUAAAGAUAUAAAUGACAAUGCCCCUGUAUUCCAGCACAAUUAUCAGCCUGUUGUACAAGAAAAUGCUUCUCCAGGAAUCAUUUUAGAAAUUUUUGCAAGUGAUGAAGAUGACAGUCAUAUUGGAAAUGGGCCACCUUUCACUUUUCAAAUGGCAGAUGAUGCAGAUGAUGCUAUAAAAUCCUCAUUUCUCAUUGAAAAUAUUCACAGUGGUGCUAAUGGAAAUGGCUCAGCUGUUGUAUCAUCUCUGCUGUCAUUUGACAGAGAAUCACAAAAGAAAUAUCUAAUUCCUGUAGUCAUUAAGGACUCAGGUAAUCCUGUAAUGUCUGGAACAUCGACUCUCACUAUCACAGUUGGUGAUGAGAAUGAUAAUUCUAUGGCUCCUGGAAACAAAGAGAUAGUUGUUUAUAAUUAUAUGGUACAUACUUCAGAAGCUGAAAUUGGCAGAGUUUUCGUUGAUGAUGCGGAUGACUGGGACUUUCCUGAUAAAAGGUUCUUUUGGCAUGGACAUCAGCCUGAUAAAUUUAUACUUGAUGAGAAAUCAGGAAUGAUAAAAAUCAAGAAAGGUAUAGAAGCAGGAAGAUACACCUUGCAAUUCAAUGUGUAUGAUCAUCAACAUGGUCAAGUUGACAUAUUGGCGAAUGUCUCAGUUAUUGUGAAAGAUAUUUCCUAUAAUGUAAUUGCCAAUUCUGGUUCAAUCAGAAUAUUAGAUUUGUCAGAUGAAAACUUCAUCAGAAAAAUCUUCAACAAGAUUGUGGAUGAGCCGGGCGCGGACAUCCGUGGGAGCACCAGGGAAGGGCCAAAACCUCAGGAGCAGCACCAGGCUGGCGCGGACCACGAACGGAAUGCCUGA